CUUGUGCGCGUCAGAGUGGCUUUACUCUCCGGGAAGCAGUAUCUGCCUUUUUUCAGUCUGAGGGCUUUUUAAAAAAGAGCCAUAAGCUUCAAUGUUGGAUGCCGUGCUAUGACAACGUCACUGCUCCUCCGUCCUCGCUGGGUCGACCCGUCGGUGAUGUUCCUCUACGACAACGGCGGCGGUUCCGAUGAAGUGAGCAAGAACAUGGAGGGUUUUGCUGGUGGCAACUUUGCUGCGAACCAGUGCAGGAAUCUGAUGGCGCACCCCGCAUCCCUGGCACCCAGCACGGCGUACUCGUCCAGCGACGUGCACACCUCCGGGAUGGGCGAGCCUGUGAAACAGUGCAGCCCCUGCUCUGCAGCUCAGAAUUCGUCCAGCGCGUCCCUGCCGUACGGGUACUUCGGUUACCCGUGCAGAAUGUCGCAUCACAGCAGCAUAAAGUCGUGCGGAGCGCAGCCCCCCUCCGCGUAUGGGGAGAAAUACAUGGACACGUCCGCCUCAGGCGACGAUUUCGCCUCCCGGGCAAAGGAAUUUGCUUUUUAUCCAACGUAUCCCUCUGGCCCGUACCAACCUGUCCCCAGUUACCUGGACGUCCCCGUAGUGCCAACUAUCAGCGCGUCUUCAGAGGCCAGACACGAGUCUCUUCUGCCUAUGGAGAGCUACCAACCGUGGACUCUCGCUUCCAACGGCUGGAACAGCCAGGUUUACUGCGCCAAGGAGCAGCCUCAGCCCGGACACAUGUGGAAAUCCUCCAUACCAGACGCAGUGUCUCACGCCGGGGGAGACUCCGGGUCUUAUCGACGUGGAAGAAAGAAGCGCGUGCCAUACACCAAGGUGCAACUGAAGGAACUCGAGCGCGAGUACGCCGCCAAUAAAUUUAUCACAAAGGACAAAAGGAGGAGGAUAUCCGCUCAGACCAACCUGUCCGAGCGACAGGUCACGAUAUGGUUUCAAAACAGACGCGUAAAGGAGAAGAAAAUCGUCAACAAGCUGAAAACUAUCAGCUAGUUUCUUUUUCUUUUUUUCUUUUUUUUACACAGUUUUUUUUGUUUUGUUUUGUUGUUUUUUGUUUUUUGAUGACGGACAAAAUCUAUGGGAAAUAAAAAAAACUACACACACACACACACGCGCACACACACACACACACACACACACACACACACACAAGGACACACGGACACGUGGAUUAGGGCAACCAGCUCCUUCAUGACCGAUUAUGAUUCAUAUGUAUGUAGGCAAAUGUUUUCCCGGAGCUCCCCAGACAAACUUUCCGGACCCACCUCUUCCUGCUACUUGUUGUUAAAUAUUGUUCAGAGACUCAAGUGGGUGAAAAGACAAAAUGUAUAGCUGCAGUAGGCGUGACUUCUCCUUCUUCUUCUUCUUGUUAUUAUUAUUAUUAUUAUUAUUAUUUUCUUUUGGCAUGCUCACUCUCAAAGUGACCUCAGGUGUGUGCGCCACCGAGCUACACCUUUAUCUAGACUACAACUUUUUAACGAGAGUGAUAAAUGGAAGAUUCACAGGAAGUGACGGUGUGACGAAUUUGGACCUUGGGGGAUGUUAAAUAUUAAUCAAUCCCGGCUUCUUCUUCUUCUUCUUCUUUUUUAAACCUACUCACAUGUUUAACUUGUAUGAAGUGUAGUCUUAUCAUAUGAAUCCGUGCUCUCAUGCAUAUCCAGUCCAUGGUGCAAUUCUUAUUAUCAUGCUUAGAUAAUCGUCAUAUGAUAUGACUGAUGUGUGUUCAUGUCAAUCAUAGCUUUUAUAAUGUGUGUGCGUAUUCUUGUGUUUGUAAAUAAGUGUAAAAGUAAAUUCCGGCGUGAUAUCCAGGUUGUGUGUGAGUCCCAAUAUGUCGGCGUUAAAGUCCGUCCCAUUAAAAUAUGGACUUGGUUGAAUUUUA